CGUCGCAAGUCCAAAACUCGCCAGCUGAGACGUCGCAGCGGACAUGGCCGAGUGUGGGGCCGUAGCGGCCAGACGAUGCGACUCUGCGGGUUUAUCUGCGGUAAACAUGGAGACCAUCUCCUCCCUGACGGAGCUGGAGGAUCUGGAGCGGGUCUACCAGCAGUUUUGUGACGAGGAGCGAGAGGUGGAAGCUGAGCUUGGAAAACUGGUGGGCCAACAGGGGAGCAUUCACAACAAGAUGCUAGCGCUGCAGAGGAUGGGCCCCAGUCUCCAGCUGAUUGGUGAAGAUGCCAGUCAGCUGUCCGGCAUGAUUACAUUUACCUGCAGCCUCGCUGAGAAUGUUAGCCGCAAGGUCCGGCAGUUAGACCUGGCUAAGACUCGUCUCUACAAGGUCAUCCAGCGGGCCGACGAUAUCCUUGAUCUGAAGUUCUGCACAGACGGAGUCCAGACGGCACUGCGUAAUGAAGACUAUGAACAGGCUGCUGCCCACAUCCAUCGCUACCUGUCUCUGGACCAGUCGGUCAUUGAGCUGAGCCGGCAGGGUGAAGAAAGCAGUGCGGUGGACGCCAGUCUGACCCUGCUUCAGGAAGCCGAACAGAAACUGAAAGUCAUUGUGGCCGAGCGGCUGGACGAGGCUGUGUCAGCGGUCGACCUGGUGCAGGUGGAGAGGUUUUUCAAAAUCUUCCCCCUGUUGGGGCUCCACCAGCAGGGCCUGGCCCGUUUCGGCCAGUACCUCUGCAGCCAGCUCGCCUCCAAAGCUGAGGAGAACCUGCUGCUAGCUACAAGUGGAGAUCUGGGCGAGAAGAGAGGGCCUCUCGUUUUUGCUGACACUCUGACGCUGUUACUAGAAGGCAUAGCUCGCGUUGUGGAAACUCACCAACCUAUUGUGGAAACGUACUACGGCCCCGGCCACCUGUACACGCUCAUCACUCACCUGCAGCAGGAGUGUGACCGGCAGGCCCAGAAAAUAGUCGACAAGUUCAUGCAGCAGAGGGACUUCCUCAACAAGUUUCAGAUUGUCCAGAACAGCAUGAUGAAGAGUGUGCCGUCGGAGAAGAUCGAGCCCAGGGAGCUGGACCCGGUGCUGGUGGAAGUGACCCUGAUGAACGCAAGGGCCGAGCUCUACGUGCGCUUUCUGCGUCGCCGUAUGAUGGCCGACUUUGAGGUGGGGGACGCCCAGAGCAUCACACAGGAACAUCAACAGAAUGUGGAGAAGCUGCUGAAACAUUGCUUGCUAAGCAGGACCAUGCAGGAACUAAUUGGCUACUACAUUCCUAUGGAGGAGUACUACAUGAGGGAGACUGUCAACAAGGCUGUUGCGAUGGAUACGUAUGAGAAAGGCCAGCUGACCUCCAGCAUGGUGGACGACUGUUUCUACAUCGUAAAGAAGUGCAUCAGCAGAGCUUUGUCCAGCUCCAACAUUGACUGCCUGUGCGCCAUGAUCAACCACUCGACCUCGGUGCUGGAGUCCGACUUCAGAGAGGUGUUGUACAAUAAGCUGAGGCAGGGCUUCCCCGCCACCACGCUGCAGGACAUCCAGCGGGGGGUCAGCAGCGCCGUGAGUCUGAUGCAGAGCAGCUUGCAGCAGGGCAAGUUCAACGCACUCGGCAUCGAGAGCGCCGAGCACGCCAAGGCUGCGUUCCUGGUGACGCUGAAUAACGUCGAAGUGUGUGGCGAAAACAUCACAACGUUGAAGAGGAACCUGGAGAACGACUGCUCCAAGCUGUUUGUGGCGGGCACCGGUUGUGGCGAACAGGCGAAGAUUGACAGCUGCUUGUCGGACCUCGUCAACACGUCCAGCAAGUUCAAGGAUCUGUUACAGGAGGGCCUGACUGAGUUGAACACCACAGCCGUCAAACCGCAGGUGAAACCCUGGAUCAGCAGUUUCCUGUCCAUCUCACACAAUAUUGAAGAGGAAGAAUUUCACGAGUACGAGGCCAACGAUCCCUGGGUGCAGCAGCUCAUUGUUAACCUGGAGCAACUCAUGACAGAGUUCAAGAUGGCCCUCUCUCCCGUCAUCUACGACAUGCUGACCAGCCUGAUGACCAGCCUGAUAUCCAUCGAAAUGGAGAAGACGGUCUUCAAGUGCACUUUCAGCAGGCUCGGAGGGCUGCAGUUUGAUAAAGAGCUGCGGUCUCUUGUGGCCUACCUCACAACGGUGACCACUUGGACGAUACGGGAUAAGUUUGCUCGCCUCACACAAAUGGCCACCAUCCUCAACUUGGAACGGGUAACAGAGAUCCUGGAUUACUGGGGUCCAAACUCUGGCCCCCUGACCUGGCGUCUGACCCCGGCUGAGGUGCGUCAGGUUCUGGCUUUACGGAUCGACUUCCGCAGCGAGGACAUCAAGCGGCUGCGCCUGUAGCGUGGCGAGCUUCAACCGAGGGGCUCCCACCUCCCGGUGUGUUGAACUCACGAGGAACCACACAAAAUCCGUCUUUCUGUAAAUAGAUGUGAGCGGGACGUGGACAAAUGGACAGCGAUUUCUCGCAGGAAAGCGUCUGAUGGCUCGCCAAGAAGAUUUCCGCUGCCGGCGCCCCCCCCCCCGCCCGCUUCUGCUUUCCGUUCUCUGCCGAUGUCGCUCCGUAUUUCACACGUCCGCGGAGAUUCGCAGGGUGUUGGAAAACUGCUUUGGGAUUUGGGAGCGGUUGCAUGGGAAUAAUGGUGUGCGGUUACAGGUGAAUAUGUGAAAUGUAGGAUAUUAAUUAAGUCUCUCGAAUGUGUAAUUUUGCAGCAGCUGUGUCAUACUGGGAGCGCCAGCCAGCGAACCCGUAACCAGCUCGGCGAAACGCCCUGGGAAUGAGGAGCGGGGCUCUGCGGCCGGCGGCGGCGGCGCAGAGCAGUAAUGAACAUCAUUUCCAUUAGACUGACAGAAGCAGGUCAGACAGCUGAUCCAGCCUUCCUCAUUCAAUAUCUGAAUAGCUUCUUCUCUGCGGCGACGGUACACUUUUAACCUAAUAAAUUGAGAGGCGCGGCACAACGCCGCUGAUCUCUGCCUCUGCCAUCUGCCGAAUUUCCCGAAGUGCCGUCCUGCUGCCAUGCAAGACCUGUUCCAAUCUUUAAAAUACCGCACGCAUUCGUGCCGCUAAGCUUUAUUCGCCAGGUAGUUAAGCGUCAGAAGAGGGCCAUUUUCAUCAUUCUCGGCCCGAUACGCCGGCCUAAUCUGAAUCCUGCGUGCACCUGAGUGGUGGAGCGAGGCCGGUCAGCUGCCAGUCUGGUGCGAGAGAGCAAAAAAGCAUGUAGAUGUACGGGAUUUACAUAAUCCACAAGAGCCGGUUUUGGAGGUGGGGUGGGGGGUUUGAACUGUAUCGAGCGGCAUCACACACACGUAUCUUGCAAAAUAAGUAGGGAAUCAAAGAGACGGCAGGACGGCAGGAGUCGUUAGGAAAAGUGUGGCUUUAAUGUAAACACAACAUUCGAUUGGCUCAGCACAAACAUUCCACAUGAGAGCAACCAAUAAACUACAGAGUAA